AGAAGUUUUAUCAGUAGACAAAAUGGCUAACAGAGGCAAUUUCUUAUCUGGGUUAUCUUUAUUUCUCUUUGUCUUUCUUGGGGUUCAUUUUCCUGCCGAAGCUGCCGUAAAGAAGUACCAAUUUGAUAUUCAAGUGAAGAAUGUUAGUAGAUUAUGCCAUGCAAAACCCAUUGUCACCGUAAAUGGGAGGUUUCCAGGGCCAACUAUCUAUGUAAGAGAAGGAGAUAGAGUUCUUGUCAAUGUCACUAACUUCGCCCAUUAUAACAUGUCCAUUCACUGGCAUGGACUGAAGCAAUAUCGCAAUGGUUGGGCGGAUGGGCCAGCUUACAUAACACAGUGUCCUAUCAUGACUGGCAAUAGCUACACUUAUGAUUUCAAUGUGACCGGUCAGAGAGGAACAUUGUGGUGGCAUGCACAUAUUCUGUGGCUGAGGGCUACUGUGUAUGGUGCAAUUGUCAUCAUGCCAAAACAAGGGACCCCAUUUCCUUUCCCACAGCCAAACAGAGAAGAGAUCAUUUUACUCGGAGAAUGGUGGCACACUGAUGUGGAAGCUAUUGAAGAUCAAGGGAAACAAAUGGGCCUGCCGCCAAAUAUGUCAGAUGCACACACAAUCAAUGGCAAGCCUGGGCCUCUCUUCCCUUGUUCUGAGAAACACACUUUUGCAAUGGAAGUUGAAUCAGGGAAGACAUACCUCUUGAGGAUCAUCAAUGCUGCCCUCAACGACGAGCUUUUCUUCGCCAUAGCCGGCCACAGCAUGACAGUGGUAGAGGUUGAUGCAGUUUACACAAAGCCAUUCACCACCCAAGCUAUUUUAAUAGCCCCUGGCCAAACCACAAACGUGCUUGUUGAAGCUAAUCAAAUGCCAGGCAGAUACUUCAUGGCUACCAGGCCUUUCAUGGAUGUUCUAAUUCCUGUAGACAACAAAACAGCAACCGCAAUACUGCAAUACAAAGGCAUCCCCAACACUGUCCUCCCAGCCCUUCCUCAAUUGCCUGCGCCUAAUGACACAGCAGCCGCUUUGAGCUAUAACAAGAAGCUUAGAAGCCUAAACUCCCCCGACUUUCCGGCUAAAGUGCCGCAGAAAGUUGACAGAAAACUGUUUUACACCAUUGGUUUAGCCAAAGAUUCUUGCUCUACAUGCGUUAAUAGAACCAGAAUCCUUGCUUCAUUGAACAAUAUCUCUUUUGUUAUGCCUGAAACAGCCCUUCUCCAAGCUCAUUACUUCAACCUCAAAGGAGUAUUCAAGACUGAUUUCCCUGAUAAGCCUCCCAGGCCUUUUAACUACACUGGGGCACCAUUAACAGCCAAUCUUGGAACAUCCCAUGGCACAAGGCUCAGCAAGAUUGCCUUCAAUUCUACGGUUGAGUUAGUUUUACAAGACACUAACUUGCUUACAGUUGAGUCACAUCCUUUCCAUCUCCAUGGCUAUAAUUUCUUCGUCGUCGGAACCGGUAUUGGAAACUUUGAUCCGGCCAAAGACCCGGCAAAAUACAACUUGGUUGACCCUGUUGAAAGAAACACAGUUGGGGUUCCCACUGGUGGCUGGACUGCCAUUCGGUUCAGAGCUGACAAUCCAGGUGUGUGGUUUUUGCAUUGUCAUCUAGAGCUGCACACUGGUUGGGGCUUGAAAACGGCCUUUGUUGUGGAAGAUGGACCUGGAGAAGACCAAUCUAUACUGCCUCCACCAGAGGAUCUUCCGCCAUGUUAGAUUUUCAUCUUGAGUUUCAUGAAGACAAAACAAGGCACCUGAGAAAUUUGAUUGAGAUUCAAAUUUGUAUUCACAUUCAUCAAAUGUAUCAUAAUUUUAAAUCUUCUGAUGAUUGAAAAUAAUUCUAUAAACAUGCUUCAUAUUGGGUAUU